UCUUCCAUCAUCGAGAUCUCUCUCUUUCCUUUCCUCUCUCUCUCUCUCUCUCUCACAUAACAUGUUUAAGUUUCUGAAAAGCUUCCUCUGCAAGAAAAAGAAGACGACCACCGUUCCCGUUGCCGUUCCCAUUCCGAUCGAGGAUGCAGUAGAUCAGAUAAGGGAGGCGGAGAAGGAAACGCUGGCGAAGAGAAAAAUGUACGAGAGGUUAAGGGAUAAAGCGAAACAAGAUGCUCGGGGAGCUGAAGAUGCAGAAGAUAAGAGGCGUUUCAAUGAAGAUGCUGACUUCUUCGAUCAGCAGAUCACAACUACCCAAAAGACACUCGAUCUGCAGCAGAAAAAGCGACAAGAGGUUCUCAACAGUCACUCCUUUUCUCCAUUGAUCCGAACAUGCGGCAUCGCUGAUUCAGCAGCAUAGUUCGUUUGGGUUUUCAUGGUCUUUCUCUCUGCGU